AAUUUCAGUGUCAGUGCACUCUCUAGAUACUCGUCUGAUGUUAUUGGCUCGUUUUCUAGUUUCAGUUCCAGAGUGAAGUCACGAACAACCCAGACAAACGAUGGAAAAACUCGCAUGACCGGCGAAAGAGGAAUGCAGACACGAAAGUGAAAAUAAAAGUGAAACAGCAGGUUCGGUCCGGUCAGCGCGUAAAGCGAUUCCCCAAAUAUCCGCGUUUAGCGUCAAAUUAGUGGGCGGAUACUAGGAGGCAACCGUAUAAUCUAUAAAUAAGACCUGAGGUACCGUUCAGCGCGCGAGAGAGGUGUCGCGUGGAGGAAGAGUGAGACUCGUGACCAUCUUUACCCUGAACUUGAAUCAAGACACAUAAGUUGAGUUACGAAGAGCUAGAGAGCAAGCAUGUCUAAAGCUGGACUAAUGCCUUCGCCCAUAUGUUUGGUGGAGAAUGUGAACGGAUCACUUGGUGUCUGUAAGCCUGCCAUUGAGUUCCUGAGUCAGAUCAAUGAGCCGGUGGUGGUGGUGUCUGUGGUGGGACUCUAUCGUACGGGGAAGUCUUACCUUAUGAACCGCCUGGCAGGACACCAGUCUGGUUUUGCUCUCGGCAACACUAUUGAGUCAAAGACCAAAGGCAUUUGGAUGUGGUGUGUCCCUCAUCCCUUUAAAGAUGGACACACUCUGGUGCUGCUGGACACAGAGGGACUUGGUGACGUGGCCAAAGGAGACUCUAAGAAUGACAGCUGGAUCUUCUGUUUGGCUGUUCUGCUCAGCAGCACUCUGGUGUACAACAGCCGAGGCACAAUCGAUAACACCGCAUUGGAGAACCUGCACUACGUUGUUGAGCUCACAGAGCAGAUCAAGAUCAGGUCGACAGAAGCAGCAGAUGAGGAAGAUGUGGAUUGUAAGUUCGUGCAGUUUUUCCCAUCAUUCACCUGGGUCGUGAGAGAUUUCACCUUGGAAUUGGAAAUUGAAGGAAAGAGAGUGACUGAGGACGAGUACCUUGAAUUUUCCCUCCAGCUCAAGAAAGGUGUGAACAAGAAAGUCAGUGAAUACAACCUGCCUCGUCAAUGUAUCCGAAGCUAUUUCCCUUCCCCCAGGAAGUGUUUUGUGUUCCCUACUCCAACAUCACCAGAAAAAAUGUCACGUUUAGAAAGUUUGCAAGAACGGGACCUUGUACCUGAUUUUCUGAAGGCCACAGAACGUUUCUGUGAACACAUCUUUUACAAUAGUGUGGUGAAAACAGUGAAAGGAGGACACAGAGUUACUGGCAAAUUACUCGGACACCUGGUUGAGAUUUAUGUAGACACAAUCAGAAGUGGUAAUGUGCCCUGUCUGGACAAUGCAGUUGUUGCUCUGGCAAAUCUAGAAAACCAGACAGCUGUUCAAGAAGCUUUGAAAGUGUAUCAGAAUGGGUUGGACAAGAUAAAAAACACGUUCCCUGUUGGUGUGGAUGAUAUUUCCGCAGAGCACCAGAAGUUCAGCAGUCUGGCCACCGCUGAGUUUAUGAAAUGCUCCUUUAAAGAUGAAAAAGGGGAGUAUAUGAAAAAACUGGUGGAAGAAAUAAAUGCGUACUAUGCAGUACUGCUGCAAGAGAAUGAGAUGUCGUCAGAGAAAAAGUGCAGAGAUCUGCUGAACAGUCUGUCCUCUGACAUGAAUAAACGUCUGCAGGAUGGAGAAUACAGUCAACCUGGAGGAUAUGAACUCUACAGCAGAGACAAAGACACCAUUGUUGAACAGUACCGCAGAGAACCCAACAAAGGUGUAUCGGCCGAGGCUGUGCUCAAUGAGUUUCUAAAUGAGAGGCAACCAGAAGCAAAUAGCAUCCGCUAUACUGACACACAACUCACAGAAAAUGACCGGAAAAUGGAAGAGGAAAAGGAGAGGAAUGCUCUGCUGCAACAGAAUUUUAAAGAGGCAGAGGAGAAACGCAUUGAGAGUGAGCGAAUGAUGCAGGUAGAAAGAGAGCGACAGAAUGACCAAAUAAGACAGAUGCAUGAGAAGUUCAACAAGGAGCUGGAGCAGCAGCAGCAGGAGAUGGGCAGAGCCAUUGAGAGCAAGCUGAAGGAGCAGGGGGAUUUGCUAAAGAAAGGCUUUAAUGAGAAAGCUGAUCUCCUGAAUGAAGAUAUAAAAAGUCUAAAAAAAGAAAAGGAAAGUUCUGGUGGUGUUAUGAAGGAAUAUGUGACUCCUAUUUUAGGCUUUGUGGCAGAAAUCCUUCCAACUGUCCUUGACUAUAGAGCAACGAUAAAAGGAUCAAAAAGGACUCCGAAACGGAUUCCGAAAAGGAUUCAAGAAGGAUUCCAAGAAGGAUUCCAAGAAGGAUUCCAAGAAGGAUUCCAAGAAGGAUUCCAAGAAGGAUUCCAAGAAGUAACGGAAAUUUGUUUCCAUGCAGAUCACAAAUUGACUUAUUCACAUUAUUCAGAAGCAUGUAUUUAA